AGCGUUCAGUUGUAUCGAGCACCAACAGGUGUUAAAAACGUGUCUAAAAACGUACAGCGGCUUGCGAAAGACAAAUCGGUAAAAAAGCAAAUUCAAUUACAAAGCAAUAGGUUUUCUGUACCUUUAUUGUGCUUGCAUUUUCAGAGAAAACAUUUGUGGAUUAUAAUCAGAUAAUUAUCAAAGGAUAUAUCUAACUACUCAACGUAGCAGCGAAUAUAUAUUUCAAGUGUACACACGAUGGGCAACCAGCAUGCACUGGUGUUACUAGUGCUACUCGCGCUAGGCGCCGUCCAGCAGACAUUUACCAGCUCCCUGCACGCGGCCGAUUUGACGGAAGCGAAGUACAAUCUCUUGGGUGAUAUGGACAAGGAGGAGGCAUCAAAGUGGACGCAUUCCAAAGAGCAUGGCAUUAAAAUCUCCACACCUAAGAUUAAGGAGAUACCAAUCACCUCCACAACAACAACAACGACAGAAACAACAAAGCAAGCUAAGAAGUUGGCAGCAACCACACAGCAUCAAGAGCUUGGCGGUGAGCUAAAUAACGCGCUCUACGAAGAUAAUGAAUCGGCCGAGCAGCAGCAGAUGAGCGAUGAGACGCUUAACGAUCUGAUCGAGGCAUCAAAACAUAGCGUAGCACUUGCCGAUGAUCCAAGAUUCAACAAAAUGUUGCCUCAUAAAUUGAAGACGGAGAAUGCCACCGCCACGAGCAAUAAGAGUGAGGAGAACUAUUAUGAUUAUGAUACCGAUGACUAUGAUGAUGAUUACAACUAUGAUGAUGAAGUUGCCGCCACAGAGUCCACGCAGAAGGUGAAGAGCGGUAGCAGCACAACCGUGAAACCUAACAGAGCCGUCAAUACGGCAGCAAAGAACAGCAAGAAAGUGGAAAUGAAACCGAUUAAGGAAGAAAAAACGUCAUCUUCCAAGCUUAAAGACGACACACAAAUUGUCGACAACAAACAACAGCAGAGUGCAAAGAAAAUCGAAGAUUUAGACGAAGAUGACUACGACGAGGACGAUGAGGAUGAUAUUAACGAUGAGGAAGAGAUCGUUUACAAUCAGAAUGUGCCCUGCCCGAGAUAUUGCGUUUGCGCACGCAAUGUCAAUAGCUAUCUGGUAGCGACUUGCAGUCGUUUUGAUCCCGAAACACAGAAAUUCGGUUCGGACAUUACCGAUUUGAUUGUGACCGAUGUCGGUCCGAAAUAUCCCAUAUUGUUGGGCCCGGAAUUCUUCCUGCAGAUGGGUCUGAAAUAUGUAUCAUCCAUUAAAAUCUCCAAUUGCACCAUUGAAUUUUUGCAUUCCGAUGCCUUCCAUGGUUUGGACGAGCUGUACUCGGUGAAUUUGACAAAUGUCGGCUUGACAGUCAUCAAUCCAAAUACUUUCUCUAAGAAUAAGAAAUUGCGUUUGUUGACCAUCUCAGGCAAUGACUUGAGCGUUAUGUCUAACGUACAUUUCCUAUUGAAUUCCUCGAGCAUUGAGGAGCUGGAUUUGUCACGUAACAAUCUGAUGGAAUUGCAUCCACAAGCGUUUUCGAAACUCUACAAUGUCGUCUAUAUUAAUCUAUCGCAGAACAAUUUGGAGAAGAUACCCGAUCAUGUCUUUGACUCUGUAGAGACCAUUGAAGAAUUGGAUUUGUCAUACAAUGCUUUGAAAACACUACCGGCCAACGUCUUCAAUCGCACAACGCUCGCUAUUUUGCAUCUUAAAUAUAACUCCAUUACCGGUGACUUGCACUUCGGCAACGAUGAUCUGCAGCAACUCGAUUUGAGCUUCAACAACAUCAAACACGUACACCACGGCAUGUUCGACCGCAUGACUGGCCUAACCAAUCUCAAUCUCAAGGGUAAUGGUAUUACGAAGAUUCAAGCGGACUCUUUCUUGGCGCUGAAGCGUUUGCGUCACAUUGAUUUGUCCAUCAACGACUUGGAUCAAGUAUCUAGCAUGAUUUUCUACAAGAAUUCCGAACUGGAUGUCAUACGUUUGAAUGACAACCCACGUCUUAGCCAACUACCCACCGACGGUUUCCUCAGUUACAACGGUCUAUUCACCGUUUACUUCUUGGACAUCUCCAAUUGCGCUAUUGGCGCACUCGGCCACAAGACAUUCUCCACAAUGCCACAUUUGGCUACGCUGAAACUUGCCUGGAACAAUAUUAAUAACUUGGAGCGUGACACUUUCAUCAGCCUCAACAAGUUGACCGAACUGGAUUUGAGCAACAAUCUCAUUGCACGCCUCGAUGAAUUGCUCUUCAUGAAUAACAAUGAAUUGACGAAGUUGAAUCUGGCUGGUAAUCCAAUACGCAAAUUGUCGGUGCGUCUAUUCAUGCCGCUGGCGAAACUACAAGAAUUGGAUGUCAGCGAUUGUGAGCUAUCUUCACUACUAUCUGAGAAUCAGUAUGGCAUGGGACGUAAAUAUAAAUUCUACGAGACUCUACGCAGCUUCAAUGCAUCAUCCAAUCAAAUCAAACGUAUAUCGUCCGGUGAUGUGCGCAGCUUCAAGAAUCUACACACUUUGGACAUUGCACACAAUCCACUCAAGUGUAGCGAAGACUUCCAAGACUUCAUAAGCUAUGUAUCACUUAGACCCUACCUGGGACCCAACAAAUUGCCGACACAUGCUGAACUUGAGGUUGGUGACGCGAGCCUUGUCGAAUACCAGCCACAUGCCGACUGGGCCGCGUUGGCGCAUGAGGUAUGCCGUCAUCAAGAAGAGGGCACAAUCACCAAACCAACGCAGAAGAGCUUGGAAAAACGUAUCGAACAAGCAGACAAAGAGCUAGACAGCGAUGCAAAGAGUUUGUGGAAGAUUGUGGAGAAUACCAAAACUUACAAACAUAAAAUACUUAAGGACACAGAGAAGAGUGAUGUUGUGAUUGCAGGCAAUUUAGAUGAUGACAGCGCUGAAGAGGAUGAGAACACAGCCGAAGAAGACAAGGAUGAAGAGGACGAAGCUGAUGAAAACGAUAGCGAGUAUGAUGAGGAUGAAGACGAUGAGGAUGACGAUGAUGAUGAUGGUGAUGAUGGAAAUGCUAAGGGUAAGAAGCACAACAAGGAUGAGAGCGAAAAGAAGAUUGACAUUACGAAGUUGCACGACUUUGGCGUACAUGUAGAAGAGGUGGACCUAAGCAAGGAAACUAAAGAUCAAUUCCUGUUGAACAAAUUCUUAAUGAACGGCGACGACUCAAGUGAAAAUGAUCCCGAAGAGGAAAUCAUUAUUGAGCGUGGACGCAUCUACUACGAGGGCUAUAAAUUCCUCAUACCCAUUAUUGUGAUCAUCACAUGUCUGCUUAUACUCGUGCUCGUACUCGUCAAGAUUGUGUCAAUUGUCUUGCGCAAGCGCGGCGAACGUUAUCGCAUGGCAUUGUUGGCUUCCUCAAACAAUUCGAUUGUCUAUCAGAAGCUCUCGGAAGAAAUCAAACCGAAAGUGAAGGAGCCGAAGAUACCCAAGGUGCAUCGUUAUGCGCCCAUCAAUCAGGUCUAAGACAAUAAAGUCGAGCACAAGCACGCGCGCACAUACAUACGCCUGUAUGUGUAUUGGGAGUGACGCACAGACUCGCAGCGAUUAGCUGUUGGGUAUGUUUGUAUGGGUGUGAAAUGGGAAUGGCAGUUGAAACAGACUCAACAACACAAUCACUUGUUAUUAAAAUGUUUUAAUUUUAAGCAAAAAAAAAAUAAAAAUAUAUUUAAAAAACAUGAAAAA